UCCGUGCUGGCGGGGCCCGCGCCGCCGCCAUGGCGCAGAGCGGGCCGAGCGUGACGCUGUCCCUCACGCUGCCCAUCACCUGCCACAUCUGCCUGGGGAAGGUCCGUCACCCAGUCAUCUGUGUCAACAACCAUGUCUUCUGUUCCAUUUGUAUUGAUGUGUGGCUGAAGAACAAUAAUCAGUGUCCAGCUUGCAGGAUUCCUAUCACACCUGAAAAUCCCUGCAAGGAAAUUAUAGGAGGAACAAGUGAAAGUGAUCCUGUGUUUAGUCCAGCAGUCAGAAAACACCUGCGUAAAACUAGGCUUGAAUUACUCCACAAAGAAUAUGAGGAUGAAAUAGAAUGCCUGCAAAAAGAAGUGGAAGAUCUGAGAGGUAAAAAUCUCGGUUUACAGACGCAGCUGAAAUCUCUUCUGGAUCCUACAGUGUCAGGUUUAUCUUGCCAAAAUGAGGAAACUAGCCAGUCAACAGAUGAAGCAAGUACCACUGGUCCAGAAACCCUGGAGGAAUGGAGCAAAAAGCUUAAAGCUGCCAAUGAUAUAUGUGAAAAAGUGAUAGAUAAUGUGGAAAAGUUGAAAGAGGCAAAUAAGAAACUGAGCAUGGAAAAUAAUAGCCUUUUAAGAGAGAAUUUGCGACUAAAAGCUGAAGUUGAUAGUAGAUCACCCCAAAAGUUUGGUAGGUUUACAGUAGCUGCACUUCAGUCCAAAGUAGAACAGAGUGAACGUGAAAUGAACCGCCUAAAAAAGGCACUGGAAAGAAGUGAUAAAUACAUAGAAGAAAUGGAGUGUCAGCUUUUACAGCUGAAAAGCGCAGGUGAAGGAACCCAAACUGUGAGUACAGUUAGUGAGAGAGCACUUUCCACAGAUACUAAAGUACCUGAGAGCGUUGAAGAAGACACGACACAUUUGAAAAGCCAGGCUGAAUGCUUAGAGAAAGAAGUUUUGACUACCAGUCAAAGUCCUGAAAGUCUUGAACAGCUGACAGGUGGUGGAACAUGUUCAAGUUCUUCUAGUCAAGAUGGUCUGAAUGGGCCAAACACCCAGUGUGCUUCAAAGAAAGAGCUAUUUCCAGGAUGUCAGGGAGUUCUCCUAGAUGAAGGCACUACAAAUAUGGAUGCCUGCUUAGAACAGCAGUGGAAUAAAAUUGAGGAAUGUACCCCAUUUAAGGAUGAAGAACUUUAUGAGCUUCCAGCACCAUGCACUCCUUUUCUAUCUCUCAGUCGCCUUCAGUUGAACACUCCUGAGGGAAAAGAAAACACAAGGAAGCCAUCAACCUUUCUGAGAAAACUGAAAUUUGAAGAGUUUUGUGACAGUUCAGAUAACUGCAGCAAAGAUUCUCCAGAACACAGCAUAAGCAGCUGUAAUAGUGAAAAGAAGCUAAACUGUUUUACUACAGGAAAAUCAGGUUUCUGGGGGACCUGCCCAGCAAACUUUGCUGAGAACUUAGAUUUUGAUGAAUCAGAGCAAAAUACAGUAGCUAGUCAGUCAGAUGAAACACCAGCAAAGUCCAGUGAUAAAACAUGUUCAUGUUUACCUAAAAAGUUGCAUACUCUCUGCUCAUCUGAAAUGAACCGCACAAGAACCUCCAGUGAGGCAUCUAUGGAUGCUGCCUACCUCGAUAAAAUUUCUGAGUUGGACUCAAUGAUGUCUGAAUCAGACAAUAGCAAGAGUCCAUGCUAUAAUUUUAAGUCCUCUGACCUUGAUAAUUCUUCAAAGUCAACAGAGUGCUCUAAGCUUCUGAAUGAAACUGAGAAGAAACUGGAAGAAAUGGAUGAGGAACAGAGUAUGAAGAGUCCAGAGGCAAGUGACCCAUCAGUUGACAGAACUGGCUGGAAAACUACUAUGUUUUCCAUUCCAUCCCCAUCUGAGUUAGAUAUGAAUGACCACUUCCCAUUGUUUGCAGGCCAGAACGUAGCGGCUAGUGAAAUCAAACCUCCAAACUGUUUAUUUCAAAGAGAAUUUUCCCAGAGUUUACUAUUCAGUAACUCACAGAGGCUAUUUGAGGAUCAAAAGUUUGGUUCCUGCUUUUUAAAGAUGUCAUCUGACCUACACAAUCAGCUCAACACUCCUUGGGUUUCUCCCUUUAUUCCUGAAAGGAAAAAUAAAAAUGUCAGUCAGUCAACCAAGAGGAAAAUUCAGAGCGGCCUUUCUAGUGCUAGUCCAUCAAAAACUACCAAAAACUGAUUCUAACUAGAAGUAAAAUAUGACUCAAAGUUGUCAACCUGUGAAUGCUUAAUAUUUCUCAAGUGAACCUCAUUUUUAAUGACUUCCAUGCAAUCUGGUCAUGUCCUUUUUUGACCAACUGAAAACUGAAUGUUCCCUUGCCCCUAACAAGCUCUUUCCUAGGGAAGAACCAUUCCACAUUCUCUUCUUUGGCACAGCAUUUUGUUUACUUGGAUAUAUAUUUUGUUUUGUUUUGUUUUGUUUUGUUUUUGUUGUCUGGUUACAUGACCUUCCAGUUGUGAGCACAGUUAACAGCUUCCUUGAAUAGGAUAGUUCUAAGUGGUCUUGUCAAAUCAGCCAUUUACAUAAGGGAAAAAUUUGCUUUAAAGGUUAUGUUUCCCAUUACUGAAGGUUACAUUUUGUGCGUGCAAGGCAGGUGCUGGCUAUACUAUGGUUUCAUGAAAUUCAUGUCAAUUUUGCCAUAAAACUUGUCUCCCACAGAAAAUUUUGCUGCUUAGACUGUUUCAUAGCACUGUACUGUACUGAAACUCUUGUUUUAAUAGUUAUAAGGUAGCAGCCUCUUUCUUUUCAGGGUUACAGCACUUCAGUUAGAAAAUGUCUCUUCUUUAAGAUUGCAAACAUGGCUUGUAUUUUUGGAAGUUAAGCACAGUUUUUAAUUUUGUUCCCCAAAAGCAUUGUUAUUCUAAAUGUGUUCAGUAUGCCUGUAUAGAUGAUAAAAAUGGGUUUGUAUGCUAAUGACUUGUUUACCUAAUGUGCACUGAACAUUUUACAUUAAUACUGUACCAUUUUACAUUAAUACU